GAGACGGCGCGUGAAGGUCGCUUUCCGUUCCUCUUCUGAGCUGGAGACUAGGGUGAUAGUGUACCUGCCUUCGUCCACCUCAGCAGAGCCCCUGUGGCCAAGAGUGGCAUGUCCGCGGCUAGGAAACUCCUAAGUGAAAGGGCUUGGCAGGGUUCAAGCCGGGAGGGAGAAUUCUGGACUGCAUCCUGGAGCUAGACUGCGGGCCUCCAGUGCGCAUGCGGAGCCGAUCCCCCUGGGCGGUUCUGAGGCCGCGGUCCCGCCCUGAACUUCAACGCCGGCCUGCGGGCCAGGUCCUUCUGGGCCAGGUCUGACUAAGGUCCCCCCAUCCCCGGCUGCGAAGCUAUUUCCGUCCCCUACAAACUGGACUGCAGCGCGGCUUCUAGAUCCUCAAACCGGAGCAGAGGUGGCCAGCGGGCUCAGCCAUUGUUCGUCUCUGCUGUCUUUCCAUUGCCUGCUUUUUUGGACUGGAGUCACGGCUGCUCUGAAGGGCUUAGUCCCGGACACUAGGGUGCCACGAACGCGCUGAUGCCCCGACUGCUCGCAGGGCUUCCAGCUAACCAUGCCACAGCCGCCCGCAGCUACCUUGGCGCUGCCCCUGCUACUGCUACUGCUGGUGGUGCGGACGCCGCCCCCGACUGGCGCGCGGCCGUCCCCAGGCCCCGAUUACCUGCGGCGUGGCUGGCUGCGGCUGCUGGCGGAGGGCGAGGGCUGCGCUCCCUGCCGGCCAGAGGAGUGCGCCGCGCCAAGGGGCUGCCUGGCCGGCCGGGUGCGCGACGCGUGCGGUUGCUGCUGGGAAUGCGCCAACCUCGAGGGCCAGCUCUGCGACCUGGACCCCAGCGCCCACUUCUACGGGCGCUGCGGUGAGCAGCUUGAGUGCCAGUUGGACACAGGUGGCGACCUGAGCCGCGGAGAGGUGCCGGAGCCGUUGUGUGCCUGCCGCUCACAGCGCCCGCUCUGCGGUUCCGACGGCCGCACCUACGCACAGAUCUGCCGCCUGCAGGAAGCCGCCCGAGCUCGGCCCGACGCCAACCUCACUGUUGCGCACCUGGGGCCCUGCGAAUCUGAGCCCCAGAUCGUGUUGCACCCAUAUGACAUUUGGAAUGUGACCGGGCAGGAUGUGAUCUUUGGCUGUGAGGUGUUUGCCUACCCCAUGGCCUCCAUCGAAUGGAGGAAGGAUGGCCUGGACAUUCAGCUGCCAGGGGAUGACCCUCACAUCUCUGUGCAGUUUAGGGGUGGACCCCAGAGGUUUGAGGUGACGGGCUGGCUGCAGAUCCAGUCUGUGCGUCCCAGCGAUGAGGGCACCUACCGCUGCCUGGCCCGCAAUGCUCUGGGCCAGGUUGAGGCCCCGGCUAGCUUGACAGUUCUCACACCGGACCAGCUGAACUCCACAGGCAUCCCCCAGCUGCCAUCCCUGCACCUGGUUCCUGAGGAGGAGGCUGAGAGUGAAGACAGCGAGGAUUACUACUAGGCCCGGAGCCCUGGCCCACGGGGGUGGGUGAGUAGGGAUAGUGUUCAUCCCUGCUCUUCAGAACAUCUGUAAAGGGGGAGCAGAGCCCCUUCAUAGAUUGCUUUAAUGCCCUUAGUAGGGGAGAUAUGGCAGUAGUGGUGGGGAGACAUGGCGGGGGCAGGGAGACAAACUUGGAAGAGGGUAAGGAGAGAGGCACAGACUAGGGGAGGUGGGAUGCAAAGGAGCCCAUGCAGGAGAUGUCCUGACCAGGACAGUCUCCAUUGUGGACCAACCAGGCGGAAGGCAACAGCUGCCCACUGGUCCCUAGGCUGGGUAGGGGGUGGUGCAGACACCAGGAUCCUGCCACUUUUUUUGGCAGCCCUCCCUCCAGCCCUGCUCAGCCAGUCUUCCUAACUACCCUUCCCCCACAGCUCCUGCUGUUACUCUCCUAAUCCCCAAUCUUUGCUUAGUUUCAGUUUACCCUUCCUCAAAACUCACCUUCUAGAAAUCUUCCCUCUCUCCUAAGCCACAGGUGCACUUACUAGAUGUAGUCCUCUUUGCUGUUCACCAUCUGCUGUCCAGGAGAGCACAGUGGAUCAUGAUUUAGUUCAGUGCAGUAAGAUGGGCGUUUGGUCAUGUCUAAUUUCUCCUGUCAUUCUGGAAACUCCACAAGACUAGCACUGUAUUUUAUACCACUCUGUGUUGGAUGAUGCCUAGCACAGGACUAGGCACAGUAGGCAUGCAAUAAAGAUUUAUGAACAAACCAAGACA